AUGAUGGGUGUUGACAGACCAUAUUUGCCAAAACCGGAGACUCAUUGUGGCGAUGGACGGGAGGUCGAAUUGCUUCAAUAUAUAUACAGUUUACCAAAUCUUGAAGAACUCCGUGGAUCUCCGUCAAAGAUCGUGGAGGCCAUUGAUCAAUAUGGAAGGGAUAAUUAUUACCUUAUGAAUGUCGGCUCAGUUAAAGGUCCCAUCAUUACCUCCUUGAUAGCUGCAGUCAAACCGCAGGUUAUGGUUGAGCUAGGUGGCUAUGUGGGAUAUUCUGCCAUUUUGUUCGGGGAUGCAGUCCGAAAGGCGGGGGGGAAGAGAUACUACAGUUUGGAGAAGGACCCUGUAUUCGGAGCAGUCUCCACAUUGCUGCUGAACCUGGCUGGGCUUGGUGAUUUUGUCCAGGUCAUUAUCGGGCCCAGCGAUAUAUCCCUUUACAAUCUGCACAGAAGUGGCACCAUAAAUCGGAUUGAUCUGCUGUUUCUGGACCAUUAUAAGCCGGCGUACGUGGUCGAUUUGAAACUCUGUGAGCAACUUGGAAUGAUUGUUCCGGGUAGUAUCCUAGCAGCAGACAACGUCAUAUCUCCAGGAAACCCACCAUACUUGAAGUAUGUAAGGAGCAAUGUCGAGGAGAAGAGACAUGAAGCUGCAUCUAAUCCAGCUGCAUGCCGAGGUUAUGAUCUUCGAGGGUUUUCCAAAUCAAUCAUCAAUCGCUAUGGAAUUUCUGGGGAGAAAGCGAUGACGGCGGUUAGUAUAUCCGGCAACCCAAAUCUGAUUUAUGAAAGCAGACUGGUAAAUAGCUUUGAGCCUACAGGAGAACCUAGAAAUCCAAACCCCGCAAACGAUGCUGGGAAAGACUAUCCUGGCAUCCAAAGCUAUCGUUCAACAGAAGAGAUGGUCAAAGUUGCCAGUGCCGAUGUCGUGGUUGUGUCAACCAUUACAGAGACUAAUUUCGCCUUCGCUAAAUUGGCAUUGGAAGCGGAGGAGCAUGCUAUUGUGAAAAAGCUGUUCAUACCCGCUCGUCAAGAAGCAUCUGAAUUGGUUGCGCUGUCGGAACGCCAAAAGCGUUUAAUUUCCGUAUAUCAGAAUCGCAGAUGGGAUGCUGAUUUCAUUACACUUUCAACAUUGAUACCGACGAAUAGUAGUUGGGAAACAAAAGCGAUGCCCGUAAAUGGCGCCUUAUAUGAUCUUGGAACCCAUCUCAUCGAUCAAGUUGUCUAUUUGUUGGGGCUUCCAAAGAAAUUGACUGGGUUUGUUGGCUCCCAGAGGGAGGACAACGACUCAGGGGACGAGGAUUCGUUCACAUUGCUUCUCCACUAUGAUCGAAUUUUGGCUACCGUAAAAGGAGCCAUUAUAAGUCCCGAAGAGAAGCAGUUAAGAUUUUUGGGCGAUAGUAUUGUCUUGCCGUUCAAGAAGAUCAACUCAGAGCAGGCCCAAGGCAUGGCGAUUACGGUUACGGCAAGGAACCAAGUGACAGAUAUGGUGAGCACGUCAAGUAAUAAAUUUUCGGCCCUGAUAUACGAAUCAUCAUGA